UCCUAGGCGCAUGAAAGGUGAGGACUUUAGCCACUAGGCUACCACACCAAGCCCCUAACACUUUAUUAAGUCACUUUUUGGUGUCCACCCUCUGUGCUCAACAUUAUGGUUACCUGCAUUUAUUAGUCCCACUUGCUUUUGCUAAAAGGGUGAUCGCCACUGUGUGUGUGUGUGUGUGUGUACUGUGUUCACAGCUGCCUCUAGCACCCAUAAAGGCUCUGGUGUGCAGCAAGAUCAAUAAACACUUAAUGAAAUGCAUGUGAUUGUGCUGACUACCUUGUCUGCUGGGGCGGAAAUUUGGGAUCCUUACCUGAGGCCAGCACCUGGGUGCUGGGCCCCUCUGUCAGCCUCCAGCUUCCUAUUCCCCAAUCUAACCUUACAUGCAGGAAGUUCUGAAUGUACCUAUCAAUCUUUUGCUGAACUUUGACUUUUGGAGGUGGGAGGCAGUGGGGAGGUCUUGACCCCUGCCUUUGGCUCUGGGUUGGUCAGUCAGCUCUGGACAACCUGCUCCGCCACCAAUUAGCCUUUGGGGGAAGAGCCUAAGACUGUUUCCCCGCUGUGUGGAGUUUCUGCUCUAGCUGUUUUAAAUUCCAGCCAGUCCUCCGGGCAACCCUCCCCCUCCUCUGAUUCCUCUUAGCAGGCUUUUGAGACCUGUCCGAGCUCUGGCCUGGACUACAUCUCCCAGCGUGCCUGGCAAACUGGUGGCCUCUCAGCGCCAGCUGCACGGGUUGUAGGCGACAAUGCAGCGACUAGCAGUGAGCAUGGUGUCCCUUCUGGGCUUGCGCUUGCAGGCGCUCCCCUCAGCUCUGCGUCGUCCACUCAGUAGUGCACAGGAUGUGCUCCAUAGGACGCCACUCUAUGACUUUCACCUGGCCCACGGAGGGAAAAUGGUGGCAUUCGCGGGUUGGAGCCUGCCAGUGCAGUACCAGGACAGUCACAUUGCCUCACAUCUGCACACGCGCCACCACUGCUCACUCUUUGACGUGUCUCAUAUGCUGCAGAGCAAGAUACAUGGUCGUGACCGGGUGAAACUGAUGGAAAGUCUGGUGGUUGGAGACAUCGCAGAACUAAAGCCAAACCAGGGGACACUGUCACUGUUUACCAACGAGGCUGGAGGCAUCUUAGAUGAUCUAAUUGUGACCAACACUUCUGAGGGAUACCUGUAUGUGGUGUCCAAUGCUGGCUGCCGGGAUAAGGAUCUGGCCCUCAUGCAGGCCAAGGUCAGGGAGCUGCAGAACAGGGGCAGUGAUGUGGGCCUGGAGGUAAUGGAUAAUGCCCUGCUGGCCCUGCAAGGGCCCACUGCCGCCCAGGUACUGCAGGCUGGCGUGGGACAUGACCUGAGGACACUGCCCUUCAUGACCAGUGCUGUGAUGGAGGUGUUUGGAGUAUCUGGCUGUCGUGUCACCCGCUGUGGCUACACAGGAGAGGAUGGUAUGGAGAUCUCAGUGCCUGCAGCAGGGGCAGUCCGCCUGGCAACAGCUCUGCUGGAAAAUUCCGAGGUGAAGCUGGCCGGACUGGCAGCCCGAGACAGCCUGCGCCUGGAGGCAGGUCUCUGCCUAUAUGGGAAUGAUAUUGAUGAACAUACUACACCUGUGGAGGGAAGCCUCAGUUGGACAUUAGGGAAGCGCCGCCGAGCCACUAUGGACUUUCCUGGAGCCGAGGUCAUUGUUCCCCAGCUGAAGGGCCAGGUGCAGCGGAGGCGUGUGGGCUUGAUAAGUGAGGGGGCCCCUGUGCGGGCACACAGUCCCAUCCUGAACAUGGAGGGUACCAAGAUUGGUGCUGUGACCAGUGGCUGUCCAUCGCCCUGUCUGAAGAAGAAUGUGGCCAUGGGUUAUGUGCCUUGUGAGUACAGCCGGCCAGGAACUCCGCUGCUGGUAGAGGUGCGGCGGAAGCAGCAGAUGGCUAUGGUCAGCAAGAUGCCCUUUGUGCCUACGAGUUACUAUACCCUCAAGUGAGGAUGGCUCAGGGGGGAACUCUCCCC